AUGGCAAGUCUGGAGCCACAGACAAAGCGCACAUCCCACGCUGCUCCGCUUCGCGCAACAGACUUUCAAGACCGCGAGGCCUCUGAUAGCUACGACGAUGACGCAAAGUAUUCAACUGAUGAGGAAGAGCUGUCAGAAGAGGAGGCAGAGUCAGAUAGUGGCAUUAUCACCAGCGACGAUGAUUCUAACUCCGACAAUCUGGCACAGGUGAAUGAACAUAGAGCGAUGGAUAAUAGAGCAGUGAUCAAUGAUAGUAUGGACCAGGCGGCGUUUGGUAGAAGAUAUCAUCUCGAAGCCGACUAUCAGGAUGCAGAAGAGCAGAGACACGUGCGAAUAGAGGAGACUGAUCCACACAUCUACAGAGUUCCCGUGAAGCGUGGGAAGCAGUUCAUCUGCCUGCUCAAGAUGCAUCACCGCUUGAUCGAACUAAAGGUGCGUGCAAACAAUCCAGAUAAGUACGUAGGCCUGGGCAGGGUAUCAAGCUUUGAUGUGCGAUCCAUUUUCACCAAUCCAAACGACCUCAGUUGUAUCUAUGUCGAGGUAUCUGACUUGCGGACAUGCGAGGCCUUCCUUGCUCAAUUCAUGGAGUAUCUGGGACCAUAUACAGCUACAACAUUCACUAAAGCACGCACUACCCGCAGAAAGAACAAGCAGCCCCCUCCACCUCUGUACUUUGUUCCCCUAAUGAACCGCUACAACAUCCUUGAUUAUCAAAUAAAGACGGAGAAGAUUAAUGUUGGAGGCUUUUAUGAGUUGAGGCAUGGUAAACGUGCAUACAGAAAAGAUAGCUGUUGCGUGCUAGAGAUCAAGAACCAGACGGCACUUGUCGCUGUCCUCCCGCGCAUUCUUUCUUUGCACAGUAGAGAGCGUCCAUCCAAUGAAAACCCUCCCAGGCGCCUAACAAGGGAAGAAUUUGAAGACUGUAUGGGCGAGUCAGCUACAUAUAGUAGUGUCACUAGUAUCACCAGGGAAAACGAAAUCGUCCUUCUUCAAGAUGGAUACGAACUUCUAGAAGGUAUACCAUUAAAGGGUCUGGUGCCGCUAUCUCAAGAGCGAUAUCUCAAGGCCAAGAAGGAGAUUUCGCUUUCACAGAUAUCAGACGUUGAUAAACAGUUUGUUAACAUUGCCAAUCAGAAGCGUAUAGAUAACGAAAAGAAGAGCUCCUUGUACACAGGUGAACAAGUAAUUAUACACAAUUAUUCUCUGCGGGGAAUGGACCUUACAAACGUGAAGGGUAUAGUGAGAGCAAAGUCGACAGGCCACGGGGCUGACGCCCACUAUGAGGUAGAAAUCAUUGGGUUACCGGCCCGAAGCAUCAAUGAUGACACUGAUUCAGGACAGCACAACGCACAGGGAGCAGCUCCCGCGACACGAGUGCUGCAUACCAUACAGAGAAGCCAUCUCAUACGCUUAGUGUCUAUCGGCGAUCACGUCCAGAUUAAAAGGGGCAAAUAUGAGAACACAACCGGGGAAAUCAGAGAGGUUGGAAGGUCUGCAGACCAGCGAUACCUUUUACUCCGCAUUAAGGUGGACACAUCCAACGAGUACAUAGGCACAUUAGGGUACGACGCCGAUGGUGACCAAGACGUCGUUAGUGCCUUCUACGAUAUGACAGAAGAGAUAACAUCAGAUGAGGUGCGGGUGCACCCAGGAACUUGGAACGGGCUAUCAGAGAACAAGCUUGUAAGCGGCGAUAUAAUUAAGAACAAACGGCUGGUUCAGACGCGAAACAACGAGGACGCUGUUGUGGUCUUCAUUGGACAUACCAAUGUCGUAAUUGUCACUGCCUCCGGUGAAGAAAGAACAUGUGAGUUGGAAGAGCUGAGUGCAGUUCAACGUCCGUUCAACCUUCCGAUGCCAAAGGACCACGAUGGGCGGAUGAUGAACGUAGAGAGCGUUGUGCGUGUUCGGGAUACAGUAGAGGAGCACAAGGGUGUGAUAGGAGAGGUAAUCCAGAUAAGCGUCAACAAUCCGUCGAUAUUGUUCAUUGAGCCCUCAAAGAAUAUCAUGGAAAGGAACAUCUUCCCGGUCGACUCGCGCUCAUGCGAUAGCCUAGUCAGUGGAAGACACGUAGACAACUACAACCGCAAGUUAUCAAGGAAUAGAAACACAAUGAAUAUUGGUCAGCAAGUUGUGUGCAUAGACCGUCAGUACUCCGGAAAGCAAGGGAUGCUGAUAUCUGUCAACGAUAGGGGGGAAGGCCAAGUACAGUUAAGCGAUAGAAAGAUCACGGUUCCGCUCCAUCUACUCAAAGUUGCUCUCCCUCUUUAUAGCAAGCAGUCGACCCAGGUAGAGUAUGUACCAACAACGUCCUCGGUCACUAAUGUGUUCAGAGAGCUUCACUUCUCAACAAACACUGCAGCGCCUUCAACUAGAAGCACAGGGUUCUGGUUCGGUGACAGGUCAGAAACCACAAGAAACAUGCUGGCAACCCAUAACCAGCUGGAGACGACUGAACUCAACCUAGGUGAGUCGGGCAUCGCUUCUGCAGCUGAUAACACACAAAUCGCGGCCUCCAGUACCAACAUUAAUAACUAUGGUGCAAACGACGAAGACAGUGACGUGGGAUUUGAGCAGUAUCUUGCUGACUUUUAA